AUAACUUUCUGGAAUUAUUCUCGCUACUCGUGUAGCAAAGCUUUCAGAGGCACGCCGCAUCAGUCGCUCCACGUCGCCGCUCGUGCAGUCCCUCCCCCUUUUCUGGGCUCCGCCCUUGACCUUGACCGAGCUGACGUCGCCGCCGCCAUGUAUUCUAAUUCAACCAAUUUCCUCGGCGGCAACACCAUGCCCCCCGGUGCUCCGCAAUAUGGCAAUUCAUUCGGCACUGGGGCUGGCCAGCCCCAGCAACAACAGCAGCAGCAACCUGCCCCGUUCGUCCCGCAACCGACCGGCUACGCUCAAGCGCCGCUUCAGCAACAAUACACGGGCUAUCCGGGCCUGCAACCGUCGCAAGGUCCGGGGCAGCUGCAACCGCAGUUUACUGGCUUCGGCCAGAUCCCCCAGCAAAGCAUGCCGACGGGCGUGCCGCCAGUUCCGGCUAUUCCCCAGCAGUUCCAGCAGCAGUUUCAGCAGCAGCAACAGCAACAGCAACAGCAGCCGCCGCCGCCUCCGAGCUCCUUCACCAGUGCACCGACUCAGUCUGCACCACAGGCGCUGGCACCUCCUCCCCCGCCCGUGAAGCCGCAGCCCACCGGUUUCAGCGAAAUGACGGCCUCGUUCCAAACCGCUGGUGGUGCAAGGUCCAGGCCGAGCGCACCUUCGAGGAAGGCCAAUACAAUUCCCAACAUUCGUCUCUCUUUCAUUACCGCCCAGGACCAGGCCAAGUUCGAGACCUUGUUCAAGUCUGCUGUGGGUGACGGCCAAACUACCAUGUCGGGAGAGAAGGCGAGGGAUCUGUUAUUGCGGUCCCGGCUAGAUGGGGACUCGCUUUCUCACAUCUGGACGCUUGCCGACACCACCAGGUCCGGCCAACUACAUUUUCCGGAGUUCGCCCUCGCUAUGUACCUCUGCAACCUGAAGCUGACUGGAAAAUCACUGCCGCCUACCUUGCCCGAGAACAUCAAGAACGAGGUUUCCAGCAUGGUGGAUAUCAUCAACUUCAGCGUUGCCGAGGAGUCGGGCUCCAAUUCCGCGACGGGAACCAAUGCACCUGACUCUGGUGUGCGGCAAAACACGGCCGCCCCUCCUGUGCUUCAACACCCGCAGCCCCAGCCGUCGAACUCGCAGCUUCUCCAAGCGCAAAUGACCGGCCUACCUACCCAGCAGACUGGGUUCCUGGGCCAAGGCCUCCAGGCACAGCAAACAGGGAUGCCCCAAGCCACUGGCUAUACUGGUCCGCGGCCGCCCAUGCCGCCCAUGCCCACGGGAUAUGGCUCCACCUUGUCGCCGAAUGCCGGCCCCGGCGGGAUGGUUGCACCGCUCAACGCUCAGCCCACGGGCCGUCCCGGCCAGUGGGGCCUCGUCAAUACCCCUGCGACGGGUCUCCCGAACAUUGAUGCCCUUCAGGCACGCAUGAUGCCCCAACCAGGCCGAGAACAGCAAAGCUACACCACUGCCGGACUCCAAGGAAAUGCAGUGAUUCCCUGGGCCAUUACAAAGGACGAGAAAACCAGAUACGAUGAACUGUUCCGCGCAUGGGACGGCCUGAACAAAGGGUAUAUCGGAGGCGACCAGGCCAUCGAGAUCUUCGGGCAGAGCGGCUUGGACAAGUCCGACCUUGAGCGCAUCUGGACGCUUGCGGAUAACGGAAACAAGGGACGCCUGGACCUCGACGAGUUCGCGGUUGCGAUGCAUUUGAUCUAUCGCAAGCUGAACGGCUAUCCGAUUCCAAAUCAGCUCCCUCCCGAGCUGGUGCCGCCUUCUACCAGAAACCUGAACGCGUCCCUCGGCACCAUCAAGAACAUGCUUCACCAGGAGUCCGAUUUGCGAAAGAACUCCGGCGCGGCCUUGCUUCCGCAGAAGACUGGCGUGAGUUAUUUGAAAACACACUCAUUCAAGAGUGCCCCGGGAGUCCUUGGUGGGCGAAAGGAUGCCACCGUCUUCAAAAAUGACGAUGACGCGGUGGGCUACCGCUCGAGCGCACGGCGUAGAGUCGGCAACGCGUCACCUCGCCCCGCCUCUCCGGCCUCCGUAGGCUCUAGCGAGGAGCUGACCCUAGAUCAGUUGCGAAAGAAAGUCAAGGAGAAGCAGGUCCUCCUUGACGCCAUGGACUUUGCUGACGAGAAGAACGCCGAGGAGGACGAGAUUCUUGACAGACGCGAUCGUCGUGAGGCUGAGGAGCUCUAUCGCCGCAUCAGGAGGAUCCAGGAGGAUAUUGAUAACCAUCCAGAUGCCUCGUUCAUUGGUGGAGACUCCGAAGCAGAGAGAAGGGCUCUCAAACGCCAGCUGCAGAACCUAACCGACAAGAUUCCCGAGCUAGCGUCGCAGGUUCGGAAGACUGAGAAGGCGAUUGCCGAGGCAAGACUAGAGUUGUUCCGCCUCAGGGAUGCUAAAGCUCACCCAGGCAGCGCUGCUGCCAUUAUCGGAACGGGCCCAGGCGGUGCCAUCACCGAGGCCGACAGGCUCAAGGCACGGGCUAAAGCAAUGAUGCAACAGCGGACUGCAGCCCUGACCGGCAAGAAGAUUGAUGUGAGCAGUGACCAAGAUGCGGAGAAGCGGCUCGAGGAAGAGAGCAUCAAAGUGAGGACCGAGAAGGAGAACAAUGAACGGAUGGUUCGGGACGUCGAAGACAGCGUUCGUGAUUUUGCGAAGAGCAUCGAAGACAGUCUGAAGGAGGGUGGCCAAGAUUCCACUUCGGAGCACGAGAGGCGCAGAUGGGAGGAUGGCCUCGGCGUCGAGGAUGAGGUCAGGGAUUUCAUCUAUGAUCUUCAGCGGUCCAGCCGCGCUGCUCGUAUUCGGGCGCAGGAUCGACAAGGCGGUCGUCAGGCCACUCAAGAGCCGGUCAAAGCCGAGGCUGCUCCUACUGCUCGCGUCGAGAGCCCUGCGACAGUCUCGCGCACCGCCUCUCCGGCGGCCCCAGGCGGAUCAUACUCCGCGUAUAAGACUCCGGAGGAGAGAGCUGCCUUCAUUAAGCAGCAAGCUGAGCAACGCAUGGCCGAGAGGCUUGCUGCCCUGGGUAUCAAACCUCCUACUAAGCCAGGGGAGACGCCAGCUCAACGACUCGAGCGUGAGCGAGCAGAGCGUGCUGCUAAGUUGCGGCAGGCCGAGGAGGAAGACGCCCGUCGCGAAGCGGAGAGGCAAGCAAGGCUUGCUGAGGAGCAAGGGAUUCCGCCGCCCGCUGCUCCACAGCCGGCCAAGGUUGAAGCCAAGAAGCCGCCUCCGCCUCCGAGCCGCAAGGUAGCCAAGACAGACGACAAGCAUGCCGAGGAAGAGCUUGCGGCAAAGAAGGCAGAGGAGGAGCGCCUCGAGCGGGAGCGCCAGGAGCAGGAGCAAGCCACCCGGGAGCUUGAGGACAAGAUGAAGGCUCAGGAGGACGAGCUUGCCAGGGAGCGCGAGGAAGCUGACGCCCGCCUGAGAGCACUCGAGGAGCAAGUUCGUCAAGGAAAGCUGAAGAAGGAGGAAGAGAAGCGAAAGAAGAAGGCAGCACUGGCCGAGGCAAGGGAGAAAGAGGCUCAAUUGGCCCAACGAAGAGCUGAAAUUGAAGCAGCCCGCAAGCGCGAGGAGGAGCUGCGCAGGCAACUUGAAGCCAUGGAAAACGAGAGCUCGUCAUCGGACGACGAGGGCCCGGAGCAAAUCACUCCUCAAGCGUCGACUCCAACGAUGGGCGAUAGUCAGAUCGUCAACCGCGAGCCGGAAAAACAGCCCACGCCUCCGCCAGCACCCGUAGUCUCCCCGCCGGAGAUUGUCAGCCAUGAGCCGGAGAGACAGCCCACCCCGCCACCGGCACCCGUAGCCUCCCCGCCGAAGAUCGUCACCUCAAGUCCUCCCGCCGAAACGGAGAGUCGAAACCCCUACUUCAGGAUGAUGUCACAGAGCUCGGACGCGUCAACCGCUGCGGCUACUCCUGCUUCACCGGCUUCCGCUCCUCCGGCACCUCCGGCAGCUUCGGCGCCGCCGCCGCAGCCUGACGUGUCCACGAAUCCUUUUCACCGCAUGGCCCAGGCAGCCGCUCCACCAGCGCCCUCGAUACCCGUUACGAGACGAUUCCCCGAUGACGAUGGCUGGGGCUCAGACAAGGAGGAGGAGGAGGAGGAAGACUCAGACGACGACAGGCCGGGCGGUCAGAGUGCUGCCCAACUGGCAUCUAUCCUCUUUGGCACCAUGGGGCCGCCGCGCCCGCUGUCUGCAACCGGCGACAAGUCGUCUGCUUCUCCUCCCCCCGUGAGCUCCCCGGCUGCGCCACCUACUGAGUCUACUUCACCCUCGGCACCGCCCCCGCCUCCUCCGAUGCCCGGCGCCUUCCCGAGCGCGAGCCCCGCCCCGGAUGCUUCACCGGCGCCUCCUCCGCCUCCCCCUCCGCCUCCCCCUCCGAUGCCCUCUGCGGACGGCGCCCCGUCUGCUCCUCCCCCGCCGCCACCCCCAGCUCCGGGCAUGGCUCCUCCGCCGCCACCUCCGCCGCCGGCUGGUGGCGCACCGGCCUUGCCCACUGUCUCACGGCCUGCAGGGUUUCUUGGGGAGAUCCAGGCGGGCAAAACCCUCAGGAAGACGGUUACGCGAGACAAGAGUGGCGCUGCCGUGGCCGGCCGUGUUCUGGAUUGAUUUAAUCUAUUGUUUCAUGCGCUGCUGUGCGACCGGGCACGCGGGUGGAUGGUAGCGUACGAAGUGCUUAGCCGGGACAUGGGAAGGGUUGCAGGGGCCAAUAGGUUACCUGGUAGCAGGAGGGUAUACUAUGAGAGUAGUAUGGUGACCGAGGGUAGUAUUCGGUUGGUGAGGUGGUACUUGGUAAGGUUCUUCGUUCUCCUGCAGGGCUGUCCUCCGUGCAACUUAUACCGAUUGAUUGAGUGACGUGGACACCAGCCGUCUGCCGCUUUCAAACCUACCUCUCAAUCAUCGUAGCCAGACAAGUUGAGCAGCUUAGCACAGCCAAUCUCGACUUCUCUUAAGCGUGAUACCUACCUACCCGUGCUCCAUCACCAUGGUAUGAUUAGGGCGGGCGGAUCAAGGGUU